UAUCUGUCAGAGGAUCCCGCCAUACGUUUGCCAUGAUUCGCUCGAAGCAGACGCCGGCUUACCAGGUUGUACUAUGGAGUUACACUACAGCGGGGGUGAUUCGCCCUGCAUAACGGUGAUCACAACCGCUGCAGUUGGACUCACGAGGUUUCAUCGCCAGCUUACUACACAGUACUGCGACUAGUCGGAUAUGCACCGGUUCUGAAUCUGCGUACAUGGUCUGACCUCUCCCCGCCCAUCUGACUGCUCUCUAGCUGUCCGGUCAGCCCCUCAUCUUUCGACAGGAACCAUGGAAACUGUGAAGGAUUCCAACAUCAUUGACAGAGGGAUGGAGGUACCUGUCUCAAAAUCAUCCUCCAACGACAGCGAACCCGCCGUUCUGGAAGGCCAAGGCGAGCAUCUACCCACCUUCGAACAUGAGAAGGCCCUCGCUCUCAAGUUCGACCUCCGGAUCCUGCCCAUGCUCGCUCUCAUGUACAUGUUCAAUGCACUCGAUAAAGGCAACCUCGGCAAUGCGAAGACGGACGGCAUGGACAAGGACCUCAACUUUAAGGGAAACCAGUACAAUAUCAUGUUGAGCAUCUUCUACGUGCCGUAUGUCCUCUUUGCGCCGCCGAUCGGCAUGCUCGGGAAGAGGUACGGGCCGCAUCGCGUGCUGCCGAUUAUGAUGUUUACUUUCGGGAGUGCGACGCUGUUGAGUGCGAGCGUGAAGAAUUGGGCGGGCAUGAUGGCGUUGAGAUGGUUCUUGGGUAUGGCGGAAUCAGCCUUCUUCCCGCUAGUCAUCUACUACCUUACGACCUUCUAUCGCCGCGGAGAGCUUGCUCGGCGUUUGGCCCUUUUCUAUGCAGCGUCCAACAUCGCAAAUGCUUUCUCUGGGCUGCUGGCUUUUGCCGUCUUCCAUAUCGAAUCACGGUUGGAUUCAUGGCGCUACCUUUUCAUCAUUGAAGGUUCGCUGACUAUUGUCUUUGCCCUUGUUGCAUACUUGUAUCUCCCCAAGUCGGCCUACGAAGCCGCAUUUCUGAGCGAAGAAGAAAGACGUCUGGCAUUCAAACGCAUCCAAAUCGACUCGUCAGCAGUGGUGGGGGAGAAGUUCAAUCUCCGCGACGCGCUGGAAAUCUUCAAAAUGCCCGCCACGUAUGGAUUCCUCGCCAUCGAAAUCUGUCUCGGCGUGCCGUUGCAAUCCGUCUCUCUUUUCCUUCCUCAAAUCGUGGCUCGCCUAGGAUACGACAAGAUCAAGACGAACCUCUACACCGUCGCACCCAAUAUCGUAGGGGCUUGCGUGUUGCUCAUCUUAGCUUUUACCAGCGACUACACUCGGCUCCGGUUCCCUUUCAUUGCGCUCGGAUUCGCCCUCACGUUCAUAGGGUUCAUCAUCUAUGCGACCAUUGACGUCGAACACUCCCUCACCGUGGCCUACUUUGCCUGCUUCAUGAUGACAUGGGGAACAUCCGCACCAUCCGUCCUCCUCUCCACCUGGUACAACAACAACGUGGCGCACGAAGGCCGUCGCGUGACGCUGACGUCCAUCGGCGUACCGCUGGCGAACCUCAUGGGCGUCGUCAGCUCCAACAUCUUCCGGGAGCAGGACAAGCCAAAGUAUAUCCCUGCGUUGGCGACGACGGCGGCUUUUGGAGCUUGUGGGUGUCUGCUCGCGUUGCUUUUGGGGUCGUAUAUGGUGUGGGAUAAUGGGAGGAGGGAUAGGAGACAGGGGGUGAGGCUGAGUGCGAGGGAUGUGAGUACGGAGUUGCUGAGGGAGGGGCCGAGGAGGGAGGAGUUUAGAUGGUUUCUUUGAUGGGGGUUUUCGUGAUGGAAAGGGUGCAGAGUAGGACUUGGGAUGUAAACCAGGCGGUGCAAUCAGCUAUGUAGCGCCUCCGUCUAGGGAUAACAGACAUCAGAACAAAGCCCCCCUCGUGGCCAAAUUACGAUGUAGCCAACUAAGUUGCGCUGACCCAAAGGA